AUGGCUACGAGUUUGCAGGCGAAAAUUGAGAGUUUGGGCGAAAAAUUACGGGAAGAAAACAAAUUAAGGGAAUGUGAACUGCUGGAAAAAGAUGUUCAACAAUCCACCUGCCCAAAGAAGCCUCUUUUGAGUCUCGAUCUACCAACGAGUACCCGUCAACGUCGACCAGGUGAGUUGAUUGUAAAUCUAUAGGCCACCAUGAAAUCUUCAACAGACGUUCCAGUGUAUUUUGUCUUUGUGGAAUUUAGCUUGUUUUGUCGGUGAAUAAGAGUUAGAGUGACAGGAUUUUGUAGUGUGAUUAAGGUGUUUUCGCGUUUUAAAAGCCAAAUUUUUGGAUAAAGAUCUUGCAAGUGCAUGCGUUUAAUGAGUUUAAUACUAGUGUUUAUACUGCUUUGUAUACUAAAAGAACUUGGCAGAUGGUCAUUCAUAUAUUUGAAUGAGGUGUUAUAAAAUUCAAUUUGAAUGUGUCGUAGCUUUCUCUAACGUAAGUUAGAAUUUAUGUCAAGAUGUGAUUGAUCAGUUUCGAUAGGUCUUAAUAGCUUGAAUAAAGGCCAAUGGAGCUCAGUUAAAAACGUGUUUAAUCUUGUUUUGUAGAUUAGAGUUCGUCUCUGUUCUAUUCAACAGUAGUUGAAAUAUGGAACAGAAAAGGGAUAUCAAUAAAUCUUUCAUGUUAGUUUACUGUUUCGUUUGUACUUAUAACAGUGUUUGAAGAAAGGAAAAAGAUGUUAGUAGUGUAUCACUGAAUUUAGAUAUACAUGUACUGAAAAGCACUCAGUUACUGGAAGAAAGGCAGUGUUUUUAGCUUAAAGAAAGGGAUAUUAGUAUUGCUAUACAAGGUACAUAAAUUAAUUUGCAUGGUGAUCAUGUUAAAAACAAUAAUCAAAACAUGCAAAGUGAUUUGUUGUUAGUUCUAGGCUACACUAAAAAAUUUCCUAUAAAUGCUGUAAUUUUAAUGCUCCCAGUAAGUAAGUGAAUGAAAGAGCUCUGAUCUGUUCUAUCUUAUCUGCCACAGGCAAUUUAUGUGUUCCAUCCCAGCCAAGGUCGGGAAGACAGCGCCGUUGUCCAAGAGCAACAGGAAGUCGAAACAAAGAUGAUGACAGGUACAUGAUAUUUUAUUAUUUUUAUUAAUUUUCUUUACAUAAAAUAAUAAUAUCGUCAAUUAGGCUUAACAAAUUUUACAUACACGGUAAUAUUCGUGUGGGCAAUGAUAGUUUAGUUUAUGUGUUUUGAGGUUCAAUCUUAUUCUGGGUUCAAAUUUUAUUUUCCUUUUUUAUGAGCAUUGUUAUGUAUGAGAAUGAGUGUAAAGCAAAAGAAAAUGAAAUGAAAACCAGGGAUUAAAUUGAACCACAACAUAUAAAUAGGGUGGGAAAAGCAAUUUCUUGGAGUAUUUCUUCUGCAUUUUUUGUACAUUACACUGUAUGUGCUGUCCAAGUGAGAAAUUUCAUAGUACCGGUAAUUCUAUUUUUUAGUUGUUUUAUAAUCUAUUUGGAAACCAGAAACAUUCAAAUAAAGAUCUCAGAAGACUACAAGAACACUCUUUAUUUGAACUUUGUGACUUUUUAAGGCUUUGUUCUACAGAGGAAGUGCUCAAAGUAACCACAGCUAUUUUCAGGUUUAUGAUACAGCAUACACUGUUAAUAUACAUACAAAUCUAGAAUACAAUAGGCAUGACAUUGAUCAAUUUGGUCUGAAUUACAAGUCACUUACUUUUCUGAACAGUACGUAGUAGAUGUUUCCUGUAUCCCCUUCUUUUAGUGUUGGGUUUGUCAAGAGCACAAUAUUAGCAAUAAAUUAAGUUGCUGUUUUUUUUAGAGGUUUAAUAUUAAUUUGCAAUUAAGUUGCUGUUUUCUACACUGCAGUGCUCAAAUUGAAAUAAAGCUUCAAGAAAUUACCAAACAGACUGGAAUCCUAAAGCUAAGGGAUGCGGUUAGUAAAAACACAGUUUACAUUGUAAAUUACAGUAGUUGUAACUAAGGUCAUUAUAUUUUUCAUGUUGUCUCAAUCAAUUUUCCUAAGGCAAGAGCACUGUAAAUAUAUAUUUUGUGGUUCAAUUUUAUCCUUGGUUUAAAUUGUAUUUCCCCUUGUUUUAAACUCAUUAUCAUGCAUUACCAUACCCAAAAACAAAGGGAAAAAAAUACGAACCAAGGAUGAAAUUGAACUGCAAUAUACAGUAUACAAUAAACAUAAAUGUCAUGUAAUGGAAUUUUUUUUAUAAAGCUUACAAGUACAGUGUUUUUGUAUGUCCAUCAGAGCUUUGGUUUUACUAUUGAUGAUUUGGAGGCCAUUGAAGAGAUUGGAAGUGGAACAUGUGGCCAAGUGUGCAAGAUGAAGCAUAAACAAACAGGAGAUGUCAUGGCAGUCAAGGUACAGACCAUAGGCUUUUUCCCUUCAAUUAGCAAUACUUGACUUCCUCAAUUAAAGUAAUUUCUUUAAGCAGAUGUGGUUAGAACUCCAUGUAUACAAUGAACAGCCCUAUUGACUGGAACAUCCGUGACGUUUAAAAAACAAACAGUUCAUUAGAUAAUUUUUUUUCCCAAAAGAACGAUGUUGUACAGUCACAUAGUCGUUCAAAUAUUUGCAUCGUCUAUCAGUGCUUGCAGUGCAGUGUUCUGUAACGGUUUGAAUUGCAUUGCUUAACUUACAUACGAUGAUAACUUUUACCCGCAAACAGAAAAUGCGACGGAGUCAAAACAAAGAAGAACAGAAGAGAAUUCUAAUGGAUCUUGAAGUAGUUAUGAAGUGCCACAGCUGCCCAUUCAUUGUCAAUUGCUUGGGAUCAUAUAUUUCCAGAGUGAGUCCCUUCUUGUUAUUGUUGAAGGUUACUGACUUUUGUUCAUUCAUUAUUUUUGUAUCCUGUUUAAAAACAGGCUGUUUUUUCAGUGUCAUCUUUUCACUAAAACUGCAACCUUAUCAGAAUGCAGCUUCAGGAUUUUGCUUCUGUGCAAAGAAAUGCUAUUUCUGAUACUCGAUAUAAUGAUGCCAUCAUGAAAAUGUCCACGUUUUUUUUUUCAGCUGAAUUUGCUCAAGUGUAGAUUGAAAAUGUUAUUGUAGCAUGAGUACUAUUUUAAUUUUAUCGAGGUUUUAUUUACAUGUAUUUGUGUAUUAUUUUGGUAGUCUGAUGUGUUUAUUUGUAUGGAAUUGAUGACAACAUGCCUGGAUAAGUUAAUGAAGAAACUUAGUGGACCAAUUCCAGAAGAGGUGUUGGGGAAAAUAUCAGUUUCUGUAAGUAUUGUGUCUAAUGCAUUUACAUGUAACAGUUUGUCAUUUACAUGUAAGGAGUUUUUAAUACUGUUGAACUUAAAUACAUGUAACUUUGCAAAAUUAAUUCCACAUUCAUCUGUUUUUACAUGUAAACUGUACAAUGUAUGUUUUGUUUUCCUACUAGAGACCAUGUGAUGAUAGCCAAAAAAUUCUCUUUUUCAAAAAAGUGUUGUCUUAUCCACAUGCAUGCAUGCAUGAUUUAUGAAAAGACAAAAGGCAAAUUACCUUAAGAACAUAUCAAGUGGUAUGAAUUGGAAAAACAAAAAAUACAAGCUGUAAAGGUCUUUUAAUGAUGUGUUCCAAGUAACAUACAAGCAGAGUUUGUAACCAGUACUCAGUGAGUUCGUUUAAUUGACUGUUCAAAUAAUAGUACAUGUAACAGUAUAUUACGUACAUUACAGUUUUCUUCACAAUUUUCUGUAGCAACAUUUUAGGCAAUGAUGUGUACACUUUUUGCGGUCUUUAAGCAAGGCAGAUACUUGUAUUUCAUUGAAUUUAAAAACAACUUUAUUGGUGAAAAUUUGAGAAUAGCACUUGCAUAAUUAUAAGUCUGAAAUCCAGAUUAGCUGAAAUUUGUUGGUGCCAAAUGCCCCAAAAGUUCUUUAAUCCGCAUAAAGAAGCUCACGUGGAAACUUUAUGUCACACGGUGGAUUUUACAUUGUUUAUUUAUGCAUGUAUCCCUUCACUUUAUUGGUGUAUGAGCUGUUUCAUUUGUAUAAUAUGUACAUGUGUCCAUGUUUUUCUCAGAUUUUGUUUAAUUUGGUGAUGCCAUACGAACAUGGCAAGGCCAGAGAAAAUCAGUUCUUUAGCAGUGGGGGUAACUUUAUAUUAAAUUGUAAUCAUUAUGUACAACAUGUUUGCAGUAAGUGUAUUUUGUUUCAGAUUGUAAAAGCUUUAAAUUAUCUCAAGGAGACUCAUGGAGUUAUGCACAGAGGUACAUAGACUGUAACUAUACCUGUCAGACAAUAAUGCCCUUGCUGUUAUGUGAUUGGAUGCAAUUUGAGAUCAGUUAUUGUCUUACAAAUCACAUCCAAUCACGUACAGUCCACGAAAAAUUUCAUCUGUACAACACAACUAAUAAAAAAAUAAUGCUUAUUUAAGGUAUUUACAUUGCUUUGAUAAAAUCAUGGAGAGCUCUUGAAAUUUCAUUACAGUCAACUCUCUCUUAAUGGAUACCUCAUUAAAACUUACACCUAUAGUUUGUUUCUUCCGCUCUUGACUCCUCUAUAAGACAGACAUCUCUAAGGCUGCUGCCUAAGAAAAAAAGUUUGGAGCCCAAGCCACAUUCUAGGAGCCAUGCACUGAUCGAUAACCUAAAAUAAGUAAGCAGGUGCUCAAAACUUGAUUCACGCGCCUCUAAACCCAAUUCGUUCGAAUUUCGUGAAAAGUGCUUCUUUGUUUACUUUUAUCAGUGGAAAUUUUUUUGCCUCAGUCAACGAACACACGUUUUAAGUUUUUGUUUCAAAAGCGCAAAAUGAGCAGGGAAUCUAUUGCCAUAAGAAUCAUAACUUUUAGGCACCCAGGCAGGCUCCUUAUUUUAGUCACCCACGAGCAAAUCAUAGGAGCCUCUGGCGACUGAGUGCCUGUUAGGAAGCAGCCUUGAUCUCUGUAAGAUGGGCACAAUAUGGUACCAGUCUCAAAGGUUUCCGUCUUAGAGAGAAUUCACUGUAAACACUUAAUUUGUAAUUUAGCAUUACUAAUAACAAGUAAGAUAUAAAAAGAGGAAAUAGCAUGUAGAUAGUAAAAGAUAACUUGAGCCAAGUCAGUGUAGGCUUCUCUGAAGUACUACAUUUGUGUGUGUAUGUCUAAAGUAGUUUCUAAAACUUAUCAAAAUAUUAUUAUUCUCAUUCCUAAUAUAGUCCUCUGAAUUAUUUGUGUAAGUGAAAAAAAAUGUCAGGUGCAGUGUACAUCAAGUCUGUAUGCUUACUUAGGUCCAGUUUACAUGUAUGUGACAAACCAAGAGUCAUGAAGAGAUUGUUGUAUUAACGAGGUGGUCAUACAUUGUAUUACUGAAGUUGACUGAAGAAAGAAUAAUCAGGGUGGUUAAAAUUUAUUGUGGCAUACUGUGGGGUUGUAAAAAGGACAAUAAAUAAAAUGAAAUUGUUCUGUUGUUUCUCUGAUGAGAGUUUACAGACUGUAAUCUGUUCAUUGCUAGAUGUUAAACCAUCCAAUGUAUUGCUGGAUCAGAACGGUGCGGUGAAACUUUGUGAUUUUGGCAUAAGUGGUCGAUUGGUGGAUUCUAAAGCCAAAACAAGAAGUGCUGGGUGUGCAGCUUAUAUGGCGGUAAGUUUUGUGCCAAGGUUGUCAUUAGAACUUUUUCUGAGAGUGACCAAAAUCAGUUUUCUCCCAACAACAUCAAAAGAUAAUCAAGAUAAAAGGUUACGACAAUUAAUAAAAAUCAAUGGCAAUCUAAAGGAUUACAUUCUCUCAACUAAUAAUUAGGAAAUAUGUGGAUAUGAGGGUUCUAGCUUUUAACCCUUUAAACCCUCAGAUCAAAAUUUGAAUUCUCAUUUGUUGCCCCUAUUCACUUCCUACAGAAGUAGUGGGGAGAAGGUGAUAAAAUAUCAAGCAAAUUCAUCUUGUGUGAUCAUGUCCGUAAUUCUCAUGACCACUCUGUUUCACAAAGCAUUGAUAUUACAUGCAGAAAUUUGAUGCUGAUCACUCUUAUGGCUUAAAGGGUUAAGUGGCUCUUUCUAGCAGCUUCAGUGGUUUGUUAUCUGGUUUAUAUCAAAAGGUUAUCAAAACGUGGAAGGGACGUGUCAUGACGUUGCUUCCCUUAUAAAGGUGAUAUGUAAUUCUUACCAUCGCACAUGUCUCAACAGCCAGAGCGCAUUGACCCUCCGGAUCCAAUAAAUCCAGAUUAUGAUGUCAGAGCAGAUGUGUGGAGCCUGGGAAUAACUCUGGUGAGGAGAGCAAAGUUAUGUAGACAAUAAUUCCGCAGUUUUUAUUAAACACAUGUUCAAUUGUCUUGUAAUUCUAUGUGUUACUAUACACAACUUCAGAAGGUUUAUCUAUGCAUGCAUGUGAUUACCGAUAUGUUGCUAAGACCAGUUUGGGGACCUGUAUGUAUGACACUGAUUUUGUAGCAACUAGUUAUAGUGUGUCCUGGGACUCAUCUUGCAAAAAAUCAUGAAUCCCAGUUGAGAACCAUUGAGUUCCAGUUCAAAAAACAAUGAGUCCGAAACUGAAUUUUUUGGGGCCUUUAUGUAACGCAGACAAUUAAUCUGAAGACAGACUCCCAAACUCUGAAUUACAGUUUACUGGAAUAAAUACUGACUCCUUCUAUCGUAAAGCAAAACAAAGACUAAAAGAAAUAUACCUCGUUAAACAGCAGCCUCAAGAACAGCCACAGAAAUCACACGAACAGGAUAUUCUACAAAAACAUCUUCAAAUCGAUCGGUCGAUGUUUGCGUCCCACGCGACGCAUACCAUGAAUUAUUUUGCGUCUUUGGCGCUUUUUAUGCGUCAGGGACGCAGGAUUCAGAGGUAACAAAAUAACUGAGUAUGACCAGGAAGAAAAGAAACUUUAAUUUUUUAUUAUUAAACAAAUGUUCUGUGCUGUUUGUCUUUUAUUCCAACAGUGUUCAGCAGUCUUUUCUCAUUCUUUUUUUUAAUUUUUCUUUUUUACCUUAACGAAUUACCUGGCCCGUUUUUGCCCUGUUGUGCGUUGUAGUGUAAAUUGCUACGGUAGCAAAACGAACAAAACAUGCAUGGCAUACAUUUCUUUACAGUUAGCACACGCGCAAACGACCUGCUGCGUACAGAAUACCUUACAUAGUACUCUGCUCAAAAGAUUCGUGGUGUUUUGGUGUCUUUCUCUAUUUAUUUACAGUAGCUUUGCAGCUGUAUGUUUUGUUCCUGUGUUUCAGGUUGAGCUUGCCACAGGAGAGUUUCCAUACAGGAACUGCACCACAGAGUUUGAAGUGUUGUCUCGUGUCAUGAGUGAGGAUCCCCCUGAGCUACCUAAGGACGGGAAAUUUUCCAAGAACCUCAAUACAUUCGUGAGGACUUGGUAAGUGGAGAUCAAUUAUCAGGGGCACCCAACGUCAAUUUUCGGAAAAUAUCUGUUCGGAAGACGAUUUGAGAUCUAGAAUUUUCGGAACAUUUGUUGUAAAAUUGCUUGCUUCCCUGCCUCCCCUUGAAAUCCGAACAGGUGAAAAAUUUUUAGGGGAUAAAAAAAUGCCUAUAUCUACUGUUUUAAAACUAAAAAUACGUUUAACAAUGCUAUGUUUAAGUGGUUUUGAACUUUUUUCUCGUUGGGUGCCCCUGAAUUAUGUGAGUAAGACCUACUGACCAUACAAGGUACAUGUGAGAUAGCGCAUGCGUCGCACAAUGGUUAAGUGAGCUUUGAGGCUACGACCGAGCAUGCUCGGAAAAUGCGCCGAACUCAGCUGCCGCUGACCGCCAUGAGCAUAUCGGCUAAUCUUUGUUGUUAACUCAGUUCCGAAUUGCUUUUAACCACAUUAAAAAUUUUGCCGCUCAAUGAAAACUCGAAAAGAGGCCACAUUGCAAAAAGUAGCGGCCCAUUCAAAAAAAAAAAAUGAAUGUGUUGUAUUCAAUACCUGAGCUAAGCUGAACUGAAUACACUGUACUUUUUUCAGUGAUUACUGUGAAUAAUCAAGUCCUAUUUUGUUGGUUUGUUUUAAGUUUCUGUAUAUCAGCAAUAUUAUAACAAAGAUGUACUUUCCCAUCUUUUUAGCUUGGUGAAGGACUACAGGCACAGACCAAAGUAUAAUAAAUUAUUGGUAAGUACUGUUUUUUUUGUUGUUGUUGUUAAACUGUAUGGUGUGUAAUUUCGAUGCUCUUCGAGAUUUUUCCUUCGCCCUAAAAAGACUGGCGCCUGCUACGCUGGCUAAAUCAGGUACAUCUGGCUUGCGAAAAGUUUUGCCUAAUUCGGACCUUUUCUUUGCAUCAACGGUCGAAGCUUCAUACAUGUAUAUCUAAAGUCAGUUCGAUAUUAAUGUUAUCCCCGCGAACAAGGAUCAACACUCAAAUAUUUGGCCUCAUCGAUCGAAAACCAUUUUGAUUUUAUGUGUUUUUUGCUCCCGCGGCCGAAGACGUUACAGCUGAAAUUUUAGCGAGAAACCUUCUUCUUUCUUCAUCUCAGCGUAAUGUUAUAAUUACAAUCUCAUUUUCCCUAACAUUAUCCUCUGUAUAAGUGCAGUACUGUUGUAGCUUCAACGCUAACGUCGAUACUCACCUCUGCACUGAAACGUCCAGUAGAUACAUUUCAUAUUAUGCUUGGUACCUUCUCUCUUGCUACUCUGGGUGCCAGAGACCACUUCGCCGUUUCGGCGUCGUCUCCCGUGGCUCCGGACUUCGGCCGAAGAUCUGUCGGCCGACAAGAAGCAUACUCAGGGUACUUUUCUACCAAACCUUGAACACUGUUACUUUUUUGUUUAACAGAAGCAUCCCUUUAUUCUUGGAUUUGAACAUAAAGAGGUCAAUUUAGCGGGCUGGCUUGCUAGUGUUCUUGAAGAUUCACACUUUCCUGGGACGGAAGUUUAGAGAGCGGUACCGGUAGAACUAAGGCGCAGAUUUAUUAUUAUAAAAACAAAGAUUCUUUAGUUUAGAGAAGACAUGUAUUGUGAAAAACGAAAUUAUCCUAUAGUUAAAGUUGCGUUCUCAUCGUUUUUUUUAUGUUUCUUGUAUAGUUCAUAUUUGACCAUGAAAUCAUUCGAUAAAUGCUGUAUAAUUGUUGCAUGAAAAGUUAUAUUAUUUUUUGUAGAAGACAAAAGUGAGUUUCUGCUUUGUCAUUUCGAUUAUUGAUGUGUACGGAACAUGAUUCUUGUAGAAGAAACAAAUUAUCAGACUUUUCAAAGUUUUCUCUAAGAGAAAGUCAACCCAAUUCUGAUUUUUUAAAAAAGACAAUGAAAAAAGCUAGUGUAAAAAGAGGCAAUGUCAUCCAUUUUGCUCUCACUCUGAAAAAUGACACGUUUUCCCGGGGGAACAUUAAAUUGUCUAGUUCCGUACUAAAUACGUUGAGGCUCCUGUUGUAUAAAA